GGCAAAGAAAUCAUUGCCGCGAUGAUGAUGGAAUUUUUGCCAUCCGUUUACCUGGUGAUAACUACACCCAUAAAAUGAUAAAGAUAUGGUUUGUGCUCUGUAUUGUAAUCAGUUGGGCAAGUGCAGACAAAGUCAAUGCAUCUUGUGAGUGUGGCAUUGCCGGUCAUAAUCGCCGGAUCGUGGGAGGCACCACUGUUGAGCCACAUGCAUACCCCUGGCUAGUAUCCCUUAUGCUUGGACCCAAGUUGCACUGCGGAGGAGCCAUCAUCACAGAUUUACAUAUCCUAACUGCAGGGCAUUGUAUCACUUUUGGGGUCCAUUACCGUGAUUUGACCGUGUACGUAGGCAUGCACGAUCGCUUGGACACGUCAUAUGUGACAAUGCAUGUCGAGAAUGGCGUCAAACACCCUCACUUCACCUCCAACGCUGUUCGCGACAUCAACGACAUAGCAGUUCUCACACUUGAUAAAAAACUUAAGUUUACUGAGAACGUUCGACCAAUAUGCUUACCAGAAGACUCAAUGGAUUUUAGAAAUUUGCCUUUAACUGUUGCUGGAUGGGGCAAAACAAGACAAGGCGCGUUAACUUCUUCACGAUAUUUACUUGAAACCAAAGUACAAAUAGUAGACAGCGACAAAUGUAAAAAAUCAGCUAUUUAUAGGGAUAAUUUGGUGGGCGACACCAUGAUGUGCGCAUAUAGUCUUGGCAAAGAUGCUUGUCAGGGAGAUAGUGGUGGGCCAUUGUUCUCUACUCACCGCAGAUCUUACAACAAAAAGUGGUAUCAAGUCGGAAUUGUAUCGUGGGGCAUAGACUGUGCCAUGCCGGACUAUCCAGAAUGCGGGAGGCCUUCGGACAAAGUGGUGUCCAUGAGGAUAGUGGGAGGGAGACGAGCAGAGCCCCACUCUUUCCCAUGGACCGUGGCCAUCUUGAAGAACGAACGAAUGCAUUGCGGAGGCGCCAUGAUCACUAACAAGCACGUGCUUAGUGCUGGACAUUGUUUUAAAUGGGAUAAUUUCAAAACUAUGGAGGUGCUAAUAGGUUUGGACAAUAUGGACGACUUAAAAAAUGUCGAGAAGAGAAAUAUAUCGAAUGUAGUGAUCCAUGAGGCGUUUACUUCGACUGCGGUUAGAGACGAGAAUGACAUUGCUAUAGCCACAUUGAAUCACCCCGUUGCGUUUAAUGACAAUAUUGUGCCUAUAUGUCUGCCAGAACCAGCUGAAGAUUUUACAAAUAGGAUUGGAACUAUUGUGGGAUGGGGUCGAGUGGGUGUAGAGAAGUCGUCAUCGAAGGUGCUAUUGAAAGCCAGUCUUCGAAUCCUUUCGGAUGAAGACUGCAUGAGCUCCCAGUUGGCACAGCAUCUCAAACCUACAAUGAUGUGCGCAUUCUCGAAAGGAAAAGAUGGCUGUCAGGGCGACAGUGGUGGGCCUUUACUAGUAUUUCAGCCCGAAGGAAAAUAUGUUCAAGCAGGUGUCGUAUCUUGGGGCAUCGGCUGCGCGGAUCCGAGAUAUCCCGGGGUUUACACUAAGGUGAAUAACUACAUCGACUGGAUUCUUCAACACACAACGGAUGGAAUAAAAUGUAAUACCUAACGCAUUUUUUGGUAGCAAAAAUGAAUAAUAUGUAUCUAUGUAUUUAUAAAUAAAUUAUAUAAAUAGAAAA